AUGACGCAAUCGUUCGAGAAAGAGAAGCCCAACGACCUUGGUUUGGUUGAAUCCCAAACGCAGGGCGAGAUGGCUCAACCAAACGAAUUGCGAAGGGACUUCAAGCCGCACCAGGUCUUCAUGUUCUCAAUUGCUUGUGCAAUUGGCACAGGACUUGUCAUUGGUACAGGAAGUGCUUUAUCGAGAGGAGGGCCUGGCAGUCUUUUAAUUGCAUACGUUCUUAUCGGAAUUACGGUUUUCUUUGUUAUGACAGCUAUUGGAGAGAUGGCAACAUUUCUCCCCAUGAAUAAAGGAUUUGGAGGUUAUGCGACGCGUAUGGUUGAUCCGGCUCUUGGUUUUGCAACCGGCUGGAACUACUUCUUCAAGUACAUCAUAGCCACGCCGACAAACCUUACAGCUGCUGGGUUGGUUAUCCAGUUCUGGAGGCCAGACCUAAAUGUGGCUAUCUGGAUCACAGUUUUUGGAGUUGCUAUUGUAACUAUUAAUAUUCUUCAUGUGAACAGCUUCGGCGAAACCGAAUUCUGGCUAGGCUUUGCCAAAGUCCUAAUCAUGACGACUCUCAUAAUUACGACUUUCGUGGUCGCCAUGGGCGGCGGCCCAAAUCACAAUCGAUCUGGCUUUCGGUACUGGCAAGACCCUGGAGCAUUCGCUGAAUACUUACUCGAAGGACCCAAGGGAAGGUUUCUUGGUUUCUGGGCCUGCUGCUGCCAAGCGUGCUUUGGAUUUACGGGCACUGAGGUUGUAGGUAUGACUUUCGGUGAGACGCCAAACCCAAGGAAGAACGUUCCCCGAGCUGUGAAGCAGACAUUCUGGAGAAUCGCCUGCUUCUAUAUCCUUGGCGUCUUGGUGCUUGGCAUGGCCAUUCCUUACGACAACCAACAACUUAUUGGCGCCACUAAACAAGCAACCAGUGGAGCCGCUUCUCCCUUUGUUGUUGCAGUGUCCUUGGGCGGUGUACCUAUCUUCGCCGAUGUCAUAAACGGAUGUCUUUUGGUGUUUACUCUAAGUGCCGCAAGCUCGGUAGACAUAUACUGCGCCUCUAGGUCUCUGUAUGGCCUGGCGAAGGAUGGUCAGGCCCCUCGAAUCUUUGCUAAAGCGCGCGAAAACGGCAACCCAAUAUACGCUGUCGGUAUCACUUCUUUAUUCAUUUGCUUAGGAUAUAUGAACGCCAGCAAGUCUUCUUCGACUGUUUUUGGAUACUUUGUCAGCUUGGUGACAGUUUUUGCUGUUCUCAAUUGGGUUGCCAUCCUGAUUACUCACAUCCGUUUCCGUCAAGCCUUGAAGGCACAAGGCAUCGUCGCAGCUAAUCUGCCCUAUGUUGGGUUUCUCCAGCCAUAUGGCUCCUACUUCUCAUUAUUCAUCUCACUCCUAGUCAUUGUCUUCAAUGGUUAUGAUGCCUUUAUCCCGCACUUCAAGGCCGAUCUAUUUGUCCUAAAGUACCUUGGUACCAUAAUCUUCAUUGUCAACGUUGUUUGGUGGAAGAUCUCAAAGAAGACGACUUUUUGGUCUGCUUCAGCUGUGGACCUCAGCACAGGUAGACGAGAGUGGGGAGAGACGGAGAGACAGGAGGAAGUGCAUUGGGAAGGCGGAUUCUGGAAGAAUGCUCUCAGGAGGUUCAAGCAAUGA